AUGAAUAAAGGAGCAAUUAUUUUCCUUUUAUUAAAUAUUGUUUUAGGUGCUGUUUUAUCAUCAUAUGUUCCAAUUUUAGGUUGGAGUUCAAAGGAUAAUGUAUUCCCAAGCAAUUCAGUAAACAAAUAUACUCAAGAACACUUUAAAACACUUAUUCAAUCAAUCAUUAAUGAAAACAGCGUUGAAACUCUUACAAUUUUUGUAGAACCAAAAGUACUUCGUUCAGAUCAACUCUCAACCGUUUUUGAUUCAUAUUCAUCAAAUAGUAAUGGUGGUUUAUUUAAAAAUUUAAAGAAUUCAGUUGAAGAAUCAAAAUCACACAUUUUCGUUCCAUCAUCAGAAGUUGGAGUUUUAAAUAUUGUAUCACAAUUAAAAGGUAUCAAAGGAUCAGUUUUUGUUGCCAAAGAAUCUGACACCCAAUUUGAAAUUGAAGGUGCCCAAAAUAUUUUAUUAUCAGAAGCCUCAAAAAUUCAACCAACCUUAUCAAACAAAGUUGUUGAUAUCGUAGUUGUUUUACUCGCUCAAAAUCAAGACUCAACCAUCAAACAAUUCCAAUCUGUUGUUGAAAAAUCAUCAUUCGUUUCUUUCUUUACUGCUGCUUCUGCUCAUGAAUUUGAUGUUCAAGCUACUUUCAACAAACAAGUUGAACAAUCAUUUUUACAAGAUGGUUCAUCAUCAUUAAAUUCAGCCAGCCAACAAGGUAGUGGAUCAAGUAGUUCAGGAUCAAAUGAACCAACUAAACAACAUUUCACUUAUGUUACUGGUCCAGUCCUUUCUGCUUAUUUGAUUAUCUCAAUCUUAUUAGCCAUUUUAUUCACUGGUAUUUGUUGUAUUUCUGAUCUCCAAGUUCCAGAUAGAUACGAAGCACCAAAGAGCAAAGUACUUUAA